AUGGAGAAUGACGAACUUUCAAAGGCAAUUGCGACAGUUCCCAAAAAUGCCAAAUAUACAAGUCAUGAUAUUCAAAAACAAAUACUUCAUAUGUUUUCAGUGAGAUUGAAAAAUGCAAUUCAUGAAGAAAUUGGAGUUGCCAAGUAUUACAUCAUUGUUGAUGAAGCCCGUGAUGAGUCAAAAAAAGAGCAAAUGUCUAUUGUGUUGUGGUUUGUGGACACUAAUGGAUUCAUUCAAGAACGUUUUUUUGGGCUUGUUCAUGUUUCCGAUACUGCAGCUUUGACUUUAAAGAACGUCAUAUAUUCUGUUUUGGCUCAUUAUAAUUUAGAUGUUCAAAAUAUUAGAGGUCAAGGUUACGAUGGGGCCAGUAAUAUGAGGGGUGAAUUCAAUGGAUUGCAAGAUUUGAUUAUGAAAGAUUGUAAGACUGCUUACUAUGUUCAUUGCUUUGCUCAUCGGCUACAGUUGGCUCUUGUUGCGGCAGCAAAAAAUCUGACUCCCAUUCAUAUGUUUUUUGAUAAAUUAAUUUCUAUAGUUAAUAUGGUUGGUGCUUCUUGCAAGCGUAAUGAUGAAUUGAAGAAAGCUCACGCGGAUGACAUUGCCCAUUUGAUUUCUAUUAAUGAACUCGAGACAGGGCCUGGACUUAAUCAGAUCGGCACUUUACAACGAGCUGCUGAUACGCGUUGGAGUUCUCAUUUCAGAUCAUUAUUAAGUUUGAUCAGGAUGUUCAGUGCAGCAUGUACGGUGUUGCUCAAAGUUAUGGAGGAUGGGCUUCCUUCCCAACGAGCUGAUGCAACAUCUGUUUAUGAUGAAAUGACUUCGUUCGAUUUUGUAUUUAUCUUACAUCUAAUGAGUGAGAUUAUGGGGAUCACAGAUUUUCUUUGCCAGACUUUACAAAGGAAGUCUCAAGACAUUUCGAAUGCAAUGGAGCUUGGGAUCACAGAUUUUCUUUGCCAGACUUUACAAAGGAAGUCUCAAGACAUUUCGAAUGCAAUGGAGCUUGUAUCAUCUACAAAAAGAUUACUACAAGAGUUAAGGGAUGACAAACGACGUCGAGCUCGUGGUCAUCAAGACAUCACCAUUGGGCAUCAUUAUCGAGUAGACUUUUUUUAUGUCGUGAUCGAUUCACAAAUGCAAGAAAUUAAUGUGCGUUUUAGUGAAGAUGCGACAGAAUUGCUCAUGCUUAGUUCUGCCUUAAAUCCUCAAAAUGCAUCUGAGGCUUUGAGAAUACAAGAUAUAUGCAAAUUGGUUGGCAAGUUUUAUGCACAAGAUUUUACAAGUGAAGAAAAAGAGAGUUUGAAGAUGCAACUGAAACAUUAUGAGCAUAAUGUAGUCAAAGGGUCAGACUUCAAAACUCUUUCAACAAUUUCUGAGUUGUGUCAAUGGUUGGUAAAGACUAAUAAAUCUGCUACAUACGACCUCAUUUUCAGAGUGAUCGUACUUGUGCUUACUCUUCCAGUUUCUACUGCUACUGCAGAACGAUCAUUCUCAGCUAUGAAUAUCCUCAAGACUAGGCUUCGAAGCAAAAUGGAGGAUGUUUUCCUCUCCGACACAUUAAUGGUGUUUAUUGAAAAAGAAAUUGCUAAAAGUCUGAGCAUUGAUGCUAUCAUUGAAGACUUUGAAAAUUUUAAGGAACGUCGAAUUCCUUUUAGUUAG